UGCUUGACAUGAGAGUUUAACACAAAAUUUAUAUGGAUCAGAUUCUCUCCCCUUUCCUUGCACAUCUAUAAAUAAAUGUGCCUAUUCAAAUCAAACUAUGUCCUUCAUCACAAGGAUCAUUUCCAUAGAAAAUAAACACAUAAAGUAAAUAUAUAACUACGUCAUGUUGCACUUACUGCACGGGAGGCUUGAUGUGACUAUAUAUGAGGUCGAUAUACUACAAACUCCUCUUACUGGAUGCGCCAAUUUUGAUCUCUGCAACAAGGGAACAUGUACAAGCGUGGGGAAGAAAAUUGUAUCCCAACUCAAGAGUUUUUUGUUGUGUCAAUGCCAAAGCCAAUGCCAACCUGAGGUUUCACAGCUUGUAGGGAAGGGUCUCUAUGCAACAGUUGAUCUAGACAAAGCAAGGGUUGGAAGAACUAGAAUGUUAAAUGAUCAACCUUUCAACCCAAAAUGGAAUGAGAAAUUUCACAUUUACUCUGCUCAUUCAAUCUCCAAUAUUGUGUUCACUGUCAAACAAGAUAACCCAAUUGGUGCAACUCUAAUUGGAAGAGCUUAUGUUCCUGUUGAACAAGUUAUAAAAGUCAACACAUUGAACACAUGGGCUCAAAUACUAGAUGAGAAUCAUCGUCCAAUACAAGGUGGUUCCAAAAUCCAUGUUCAAAUGCAAUUCUUAAGUGUCAAAAAUGAUCCAAAUUGGUCUCAAGGUAUAAAGAGUUUAGGAUUUCAAGGAGUUCCUCACACUUUCUUCAAACAAAAUACUAAUUGUCAAGUUACUCUAUACCAAGAUGCACACGUUCAAGAUGGUUCUGUUCCAUCUAUUCAAUUGGAUGGAGCAGAACAUUAUGAGCCUAGAAAAUGUUGGGAAGAUAUUUACAAUGCUAUUAUGGAUGCUAAACAUUUUAUUUGCAUAACUGGUUGGUCUGUUGACACUGAAAUAACCUUAAUAAGGGACCCAAAUAAGUCAACAAAAACUAGUGCAACACUUGGAGAAUUGCUUAAGGCAAAAGCUAAUGAAGGUGUUAAUGUUCUUAUGCUUGUUUGGGAUGACAGAACUUCAGUUCCUGAUUUAAAGAAAGAUGGCUUGAUGGCAACUCGUGAUCAAGAAACUGGUGAGUACUUUAAAAACACAAAUGUGCAUUGUGUUUUGUGUCCGCGUAAUCCCGGCGCUGGAAGAAGCAUAGUUCAAGGUUUUGAAGUUUCAACAAUGUUCACUCAUCACCAAAAGACUAUAAUUCUUGACAGUAAAAUUGUUGGUUCUACACAAUUGAAGAAAAGAACUAUCACAAGUUUUGUUGGUGGGAUUGAUCUUUGUGAUGGAAGAUAUGAUACAAUGGAACAUCCUUUGUUUUCAACAUUGGGUACAAUCCAUCAUGAUGAUUUUCAUCAACCAAAUUUCCCAAGUGCUUCUAUUAAAAAAGGUGGUCCUAGAGAACCAUGGCAUGAUAUUCAUUGUAAGCUAGAAGGGCCUAUUGCAUGGGAUGUUUUGUGCAAUUUUGAGCAAAGAUGGGAGAAACAAGUUGGGAAGCAAUUUCCACUUCCUUCAAAUAUGAUUGAAGAAUAUAAUCUUGAUCGUGUAUCGAAUGUCGAAGCAAUGAAUGGAAACAGCUCAUGGAAUGUUCAGUUGUUUAGGUCCAUUGAUGGUGGUGCUGCUUUUGGCUUCCCUCAAGAUCCAAGAGAAGCUGCUGAAAAAGGUCUUGUUAGUGGAAAAGAUAACAUCAUUGAUAGAAGUAUUCAAGAUGGUUAUAUAAACGCUAUUCGUCGAGCGAAAAACUUCAUCUACAUUGAAAACCAGUACUUCCUAGGUAGUUCAUAUGGUUGGCAAGCAAAUAAUAUCAAAGUUGAAGACAUUGGUGCUUUGCAUCUUAUACCAAAGGAACUGUCAUUGAAGAUUGUUAGCAAAAUUGAAGCAGGAGAGAGAUUUUCUGUGUACAUUGUGAUUCCAAUGUGGCCAGAAGGUAUACCUGAAAGUGCUUCAGUUCAAGCAAUAUUGGAUUGGCAAAGAAGGACUAUGGAGAUGAUGUAUUCUGAUAUAGCUGAAGCCCUUAGAAGAAAAGGGAUCAGAGCCAACCCAAGAGAUUACUUGACAUUUUUUUGCCUUGGAAAUAGAGAAGGUAAGAAAGAUAAUGAAUAUACUCCUACAGAAGCACCAGAACCUGGUACUGAUUAUAGUAGAGCACAAAAUUCAAGGAGAUUCAUGAUAUAUGUUCAUGCCAAAAUGAUGAUAGUUGAUGAUGAAUACAUAAUAAUUGGUUCAGCCAACAUAAACCAAAGAUCAAUGGAUGGUGCUAGGGACACUGAAAUUGCAAUAGGUGCAUUUCAACCACAACAUAUAUCAUCAUACAAUAAGCCACCAAAAGGACAAAUAUAUGGAUUUAGACGUGCACUAUGGUAUGAGCACCUUGGUGAUCUUGGUGAUACAAGCUGCUUUGAUAAUCCAGAAAGUUUAAAAUGCAUAAAGCUAGUGAACCGUCUUGCUGACACCAAUUGGGACAUAUACUCAGAUGAUACAUUUGAUGAAUACAUACCAUUUCAACAUUUAAUGAGAUAUCCAAUACGAGUUGCUAACAAUGGAGACAUAACAACCCUUCCAGGAUUUGUAUAUUUUCCUGAUACUAAGGCUAGGAUUCUUGGUUCCAAAACUGAAUACCUUCCUCCAAUUCUCACUACCUAGCUACUAACUUAUUACUUUAACUAACUACCACAACAUACCAUCACACAAAAUCAUUAUAAAGUUUAUACAUGUAAUUACUUAUUGGGGGAGGGGAGAGUGGAGAUAAAUUCAAUUUGCAUUUACAUAAAUAAUUACCAAUAUUACUACUUAGGAAUCUUUCAUGUAUUUGUCGCAUAGAACUUCAAGUUUUUCCAUAUUCUUUUUCCUAAAUUUAUCAUAAAUCCUACUAUUACAAAUUUUUUGAACAUAAA